UUGGGCAUCGUCGGAAGAGGCAGCGAGAGUCGCCGCAGUCGGACGGCCUGCCCGCCCGCAUCUUUGGUUGCCGAGAAGCAGAGCCGGGAAGCGGAUCGCCGCCAGAUUUUUUCCCCUCCGGACUUUUUUUUUUUUUCGUGGACUCGGCUUUCUUCCCCCGGCCGCCACGCUGGCGCAUCUCCUGCCCGCCCCGGCGAUGUACAGCCUGCUGGAGAACGAACUCAAGCCGCCCCAGGGCAACCCCGGCGGAGGCGCCGCUGGCAACGGGGGUCCCGGGAGCGCCGGCAAAGGAGGACCAGGAGGAGGAGGAGGAGGAGGAGGCGGCGGGACCAACGCGGCUGUCCCAGACCAAGACCGGGUCAAACGUCCCAUGAACGCCUUCAUGGUGUGGUCCCGGGGCCAGCGUCGCAAGAUGGCCCAAGAGAACCCCAAAAUGCACAACUCGGAGAUCUCCAAGCGCCUGGGCGCCGACUGGAAACUGCUGAGCGACGCCGAGAAAAGACCCUUCAUCGACGAGGCCAAACGCUUGCGCGCCGUCCACAUGAAGGAAUAUCCGGAUUACAAGUACCGACCCCGUCGUAAAACCAAGACGCUGCUCAAGAAGGACAAGUACGCGCUGCCGGGCAACUUGUUGGCCCCGAGCGGGGGUCCCGGGGGCGGCGGAGGCGGCGGGGCAGGAGGCGGCGGCGGGGUGAGUAGCCCGGUGGGCGUCGGGCAGCGCCUGGACUCGUACGCCCACGUCAACGGCUGGCCCAACGGCGCCUACGCGGCCGCUUCGUUGAUGCCCGACCAGUUGGGCUACGGGCAACACCCGGCUAUGGGCAACGCUCAGCUCCAGUCGCUCCACCGUUACGACGUGAGCGGCCUCCAGUACAGCCCCAUCAUGUCCGGCGCUCAGCCUUACAUGACGGCCGCCGCUUCGACUUACAGCAUGGCCGCGGCCGCCGCCGCUUACGGCCAGCAGCCGUCGAGCCACGCCAUGAGCCUGGGGACUAUGACUUCGGUAGUCAAAGCCGAGCCCAGCUCGCCGCCGCCGGCCAUCGCCUCGCACUCGCAGCGGGCCUGCCUCGGAGACCUCCGCGAUAUGAUCAGCAUGUACCUGCCGCCCGGCGGAGACGCGGCCGACCCGUCGAGCCUGCAGAGCGGACGCCUCCACGGAGUCCACCAGCACUAUCACAACGCCGCCGGGGCGGCCGUCAACGGCACCGUCCCACUGACUCAUAUCUAAAAGACCCCCCCCCACAGCCUCCCACUCCCCGGAAAAACGCCAGCCGCCUCUCUUUGGGGCGCCCCGUCGAAGCUCCGGAGGCGGCCGUGCCAGAUCCUGCUUCCCUCCUGCCAUGGAAGCCGCUUUCUCCGCCUCCAGUUGUUGCCACCUUACGAGGCGACGACCCCCGCCGUCCCGAGCCCCUUUGCUUCCCCACUCCCUCCCCACGCCUGCGGAGAGCCACGUCGGGCAAAGGAACUUUUUCCCCUUCUCGGUUGUUUUUAACGAACGCGUAAAAAAAAACAAAAACACGUGAAUUUCUUGUCUGGCUGUCCUUAGAGAGCACAAUUUCCUAUUGACUGUAAAAAAAACUUUUUACAAAAGGCGCUGUGAAAUUUCUCUGCUCCCUUCCCGCCAACCCCCCCUCCCCCUUUCCUCGUCCCCUUCUUUUUUUCCAGCACUCCACGGGAGGUUUUUUUGUCGGGGUGGGAAGAAGGAGGAAAGGAUGGUUUGAAGGAGAGAGCGCAAUUACGCAGCGAAGACUUUUUCUUCUUUAUGGGACCCUGGUUUCCAAUUAUCUUGAAAAAAGGAGAGGGGAAAAAAAAAACCCCAAGCGAGACUUCUAUAAAAGAGGGGAGGUCGGUUAACCUUCCUCGUGAAAUGUUUACAUGUUUUGUUUUUAAUUUUCUCGGGUGGAGUCGUUGGUUUCCCUCCCCGUGUCUCCCCCCCUCCCUCCCCCCAAUCUCUUCCAAAUAAUCCCGUCUGGAUUCUUAAUUUUUUUUUAAAAAAA